CAACCAUGAUUCUUCGUUCCCUCUUUCUCUGGUGCCGGACUCUGUUUUGCGCAUCGACGACGUGUUGGAUUGCCCAAGGAAAGGAUUAUUUGGCCUUUUUUCCCCCAAAGUUUAACCACAAAAUUAUUUGCUCCUCUGUGGCGAUAUAAUCCUGGAUACCGUCUCAUUUGGAAAGAUUAUCAUCCAAGUAACCCAUACUUCGUAAAAGAUUCAAAGAAAAAUCGCCAGAAAUGGAGGAAGAAGAUAUAAAACGCACCCUUAGGUCUGCCGCUGCCAAGCGGAAUACGUCCUCAAAACGCCAAACCCGAGAAACGCGCUCGACCACAGCUGCGCAGAAACAGAGCGGCCGAACCACUCGAGCAACGGCCCGUCAGCAAGGACGCUUUGUCAAUGAGAGUAAAGUAAGCAAAGGGUCGAGUAAGAGCAGUAAAGGGUCUAAGAAAACGAGACGUGCCAUCAAGACUGCCAGAGACCCCAAAUUUGAUCCACCCGUCGUGGAUACGAUGUCAACCCAGCUCGAACAGCUCCUCUCUCCUAGGGGCGCUGCUCCUUCUCUAGGGCCCGCGGGAACUGGAUACCCACCACCGGCCCCUUCUGGAGGCCCAUUCUCUGCAUCUGUACCAAACCCUUUUGGAUCAGGUGGAUCUCUACCCGGUGCCGCUCCAGCUACUCCCCUCCCUGAAAUAUUCAAGCAGGCACUCGUCACGCGCAGAGAUAGCAAAUUGUUUCCCGAUCCAGAUUUGUAUAAUUACUACGCCAAUGAACUGACCCGGCGUGAUUCGAGAUCGAUUCCGGGUAUGGGCGGCACUCCGUCGCUCCUAUACGAGAUCCUGGCAUCGAACGCGGAGUCCAAGUUCACGGGAAAUUGGGGAAUUGGUUGGCGGCCAGUCAAGACUCUCGGAGAAGGUGCGCAGGGCAAAGUAAUGUUAUGGGAAUUGAUGAGAGAUGAAAAGCCACCCCUCCAGAUCGUGACCAAAGACUCGAUGCUAGACCCCUUCUUUAAAGAUUACAAUUCCGAAGGACACUUGACAAAGCGCCUCAACGAUGCGGGCUGCAAGAAUGCUGUCAAAGUUCUCGAAUGGGCCACUGUGGGAAACACGAAAAUGCGCUGCGCAUAUGAAUAUGCCGACUAUGGGACUCUGUGGGAUUUGAUCAAGUAUUACACUAUUCAUCGGUUGAUGAUCCCAGAGGCGUUUAUGUGGCAUGUGUUUAACAGUCUAGCGACUGCGCUAUGUUACCUCGCUCAUGGCCGAGCAGAUGGAAGUCGUGAUCCCAGCUGGGAGGCGAUCAUUCACGGAGAUAUCAAACCGGAGAAUAUAUUGCUCUUUAAGCCUGAUGCUCAAAGCGGCACGUUAUAUCCGACUGUCAAGCUAGGUGAUUUUGGUCAUGCGUAUACUAUCCCGAAUGAAAAAGUCCGGAGAUUCAAGUCCGCCUUUAGACAUGGCACACCGUGUAUGUCCUCUCUCCCACUUUAAUCCAACCUAGAUAAUUUGAAGCCACUAACACGGAGCCAUACACUCAGCUUACAUUGCUCCUGAACUUGACAAAACCAUCCCAAUCGGUGACCCGCGCAAGCCCAACCCAAUUCAUGGGCCAUACACAGAUACCUGGGCCGUAGGACGAACCAUGUCGGACCUUGUCCUUGUCGCCGCCAAGUUGUACCCAGACGAAUAUCAGCAACGAUUCUACAGUCACGAC